CACCACUACAGGUCAAACUAGCCAGCCAUACGUGUUGGCUUGGCUUGGCUUUUUAAAAAUCAUGGAAUAAACAAAGUGAUUUGGCUUUUGAAACCACGAAAAUAUCUUAAUUAGUAAAAUUAUAAUAACAAAGGUCGGAGUGUUGAGAUCUUGUGAGUGAUUGAUUAGUGAUAUCAUCUAAUAAUUAUGAUGACAAUGUUUUCGAAGAAAAAUUUGUUUUGGUGCUUCGUAACAGCUCUUCUCAGCUGUACAUACCUGGUGUGUAGCCAGAGCUUGGACGAUGACUUGGAAAAUCUUAUCAAUGAAAUUUUUGCUCAAGACAACAACCAGCCAGACCGUCAAUGCAGCCAGAUCGAGCAGGAGCUCCGCGGCUGCCACGACUGCUACCCGUGCAACCACUCCGUCAUCGCGCACUACGACCGCCGCAUGACUGAAGUCCGGCAGAUUAGCCUAAUCAACGCAGCCUGCGCCCCAACCAAAGUGUGCUGCGUGUCGCAAUCGGUGCUAGUCCUGAACCGCAUCAGCCCGGACGCGUGCGGGCGCCGCGUGGAGACGGGGCGGCGGCGGAGCAAGCCGCGCUCCAUCCUGCAUGGAGAGUACCCGUGGCAGGCUCAUGUGUUUCAAAAGAAAAACCGCGACACCAAAUUCCUCUGCGCAGCGACCCUGAUAGACGCGGACGCGCGCGCCCUAAUCACCAGCGCGGGCUGCGUGCGCGGCGCCUCCGCCGACAGCCUGUACGUGACGUGGGACGUGCCCGCCGACGCGCGGGGCAAGAUGGCGGUAGUGGAGAAGGUGGUUUUGCAUGAGGAGUAUAGACCAGGUGAGGAAACGCGGGCGCGCGCCCUGGUCGCCAGCGCGGGCUGCGUGCGCGGCGCCUCCGCCGACAGCCUGUACGUGACGUGGGACGUGCCCGCCGACGCAAGGGGCAAGAUGGCGGUAGUGGAGAAGGUGGUUUUGCAUGAGGGGAUGCACAACAAGAGGAACACGCAAGUUCCUCUGCUCCGCUCUGCUCAUAGACGCGGGCGCGCCCUGGUCGCCAGCGCGGGCUGCGUGCGCGGCGCCUCCGCCGACAGCCUGUACGUGACGUGGGACGUGCCCGCCGACGCGCGGGGCAAGAUGGCGGUAGUGGAGAAGGUGGUUAUGCAUGAGGGGUAUAAACCAGACACGAAGCACAACGACAUAGCGGUCAUCAAACUACGCUCCGUGUCUGACAUACCUGAGUACGCGGCGCCCAUCUGUCUGCCGACCGCGGCCCCGCCCAACGGCAUCGCCUGCGCCACCGUCGCCACUAAUGAUUAUAGGAUAAACACGUUCAUCCCGCAGCGCAAGGUCUGCACGACGGGGAAGGGCGUCCCACUGGACAGCUCCCAGAUCUGCGCGUCCACCGUGGGAGGCGGGGACUACUUCCCGAGGCAAGGGGCAGCGUUGAUGUGCCAGCCGCCAAGGAGCGACAACGACGAAGCAGUCUACGUUCUCUACGGAAUAGCUUCGUUCUCUGUGAACGACUCCCUCUCCAUCUACACCAACGUGGCCGAGUUCCUGCAGUGGCUCGCGAAACACAUCUAAACAUGGCCAUCUAUAAAU